AUGCAACAUAUCAAGUAAUUUCCAUAUUUAUUAUACCUUUGUUUAGUAAAGCUUUUAUUUAUUUAUUUAUUUAUAUUAAAUUCAUUCAAUCAUGUCUUCAACUUCUUUUGGGAAAGCUUAUCAGGGGACAUGCCUUUGUAAAUCGAUUAAAGUCCUCUUGGAUGGCCCACCCGUCAAAACUCUACUAUGCCAUUGUUUAGACUGUCAAAAAUCAGCAGGUGCUCCCUACCAAUCCUGUGCCAUCUAUCCUACAUCAAGAGUUCAAGUGAUUGAUCCAGAUCAGAGUUUAAAAUAUUAUAUCACUCCUAAAGAAAAAGUAAGUAGUGGAAGUGAAAAAUAUAUAUUCUUUUGUGGUGUCUGUGGUACCCCCUUAUUCAAUCGACCUAUGAGUCAUGAGGGUGAAAAGACAGUAAUCAAGACUGGGUUUUUGGACCGAAUUGAUAAAGAACCAGGGUAAGAAGAUGGGGGAAAAAAAAAGAGAAUGAAUGGGGAGGAGGAGGAGGAGGAGAAAAUGAAUUUUGAUAUAAUGAUAUAGCCUAAUAAUUGAUAAUUUUACAGAUUGGAUGUGUUUAGACCUCAAAAUGAACUUUUCAUUAAAGAUCGAGUAGGCUAUGUUACUCCAGUUGAAGGUGCUCACCAGUACGAAGAAGGCUUCUAAAAAAAAUGAAUAUUAUCAGAAAAAAGGAAAAAAAAACGAAUUCAAUAAGAGAAUAGCAAAAAAGACAUACAUUAAUUAAACAAAUAAAGAUGCUAUUAAAUGA